CUGCUGGGCGGCCUGUGCCUGGGCAGGUGGCUGCUGUACGUCCUGGUCACGAACUGGUGUCGCCGGCGCCUCCAGGCGGAGCUGAAGAUCCAGACUCUGGGCUUCUUCUGGAUCCAGAACCUGAGCCUGAAGUUCCAGGAGGAGCGGCAGACCGUGGAGAUCGACGGCAUCCGGCUCUCCAGCAAGCUGCUGAACCACGAUGUGCCGCGCUACCUGGCACUGUGCUUCGGCGAGGUCCGUGUGCGCGUGGACCUGCGAGCGGCGCCCCGGCCGCCCCCGCCGGCCCCCCAGGCUCCCGCGGAGGGCGACGCCGGGGGGGGCAAGGGGCUCUCCCUCGGGCCCUCGCUGCUGCGGCUGCUCGGCCAGCUCUGCUCCGCCCACGUGGACUCGGUCAACGUCAUGGUGCUGCACGUGGCCGCCUCGGAGUCCCUGUGGCACCUGCAGCUCUCGCGGAGCCGCUUGCUGCUGGACGGCGACGGGCGGUGCAUCACCUGUGAGGCCACCUUCGGCCAGGUGAACAGCAAAGUCCUCAAGAGCAGCCAGCAGGACGACGCCUGCCUGGCCGAGCUCUCCCUGGCGCUCAGCGUCUCGCUGGAGGUCGGCGCCAGCACCGGGCAGCUGUGGGGCGUAGCCGUCGGGGUCUGGAGCCUCCACGCCGAGCUGCACGAGGGGCUCUUCCAGAGCGAGCUGCUCCGGCGCAUCGGAGGCGGUGACGGGGGCGCGGCAGAUCCCGCCGGAGCGCCGGAGCCGCGCCCCCCGCGGCUGGGCCUGGCCGGCCUGCGGAGCCUGCCGUGCAGAGCGAAGGUGGUGCUGGAGAACACCAGCCUGGUCCUGUCGAUGCGCAGCCAGAAGAGGCACCUCACCGGGACCCUGAAGCGGCUGCAGCUGGCCUGCCGGCGCGACAAGGAGCAGCUGCCCCUGCGCAGCUUCACGUCCACCUGCGACCUGCCCCAGAUGAGCGUCGAGCUGGUGCUGGAAGACGGGCUGCUCCUCUCCCAGAGCCGCCAGCGGAUCGUGUGCCUCAACAUGGUGAAGGGCAGCUUCCAGGUCAUGGCCAUCGACGUCUCGGUGGCGCUCGUGCUCAACACCUGCAUCGUGCACUACCGGCACCAGGAGUUUGCGCGCUGGCUGGCCAUGCUGGCCGCGGCGCAGGAGGCCGUCGGGCUGCCGGCCCCGGCCCCGAGCCCGGGCAGCAGGAUGCCCCAGAUUCUUGCCACCAUCAUCCUCAGCGUGUCCGUGUCCAACAUCAACGUCUCCGUCCAGCUGGGAGACACCCCGCCGUUCUCCUUGGGCGUGAACUCCGUCUCUUUGGACUACCAGCACCUCCGUCCGCAGAGCGUCCACCAGCGUGCGGUCCUGGCCGUCGACCACCUCUGCUGGCGCGUGGGGGCCGACUCGCACAUCCAGCGGGCCCCCCACCCGCCCAACAUGCACGUCUGGGGCGAGGCCCUCAUCCUGGACUCCUUCAACCUGCAGGGCAGCUACAACCAGCCGCUGGGCACCUCCAGCACCCACGCGGACACCCUCUUCCUGGACUGCACCCUGCGGGGCCUGCAGCUGGAGGCCUCGGACACCUGCUCCGAGUGCCUCUCCAGGGUGCUGCUGCUGCUGCUGUGGCGGCCCGCGGAGGCGGGGGCCCCGGGGAGCCCCGAGGAGCCCCCCGCCCCCGCCCCCGCCCCCGCCGGGGAGGACCUGGGCGUGCUCUGGAAGGUGGACCUGAAGGUGGAGGACGUGAACCUCUUCACGCUCUCUGCCCUGGCGGGGGCCGCCGAGGUGCGUCUGGACACGCUGACCGUGCUGGGCAGCGCCGAGAGCUGCACCGCCAGCGUCCAGGGGCUGGCCCUCGCCCUGGUCAAGACCCUCGCGGAGAAGAUGCAGCCCUGCUGCAAGGCCCCCGCCGUGCCCGGCCCCGUGGCCGAGCUCUCCACCCUCUCGCUCACCUACCGCAGCAGCAUCCGCUCCUUGGAGGUGCAGUGCGGAGAGAGCCUGAGCCUCCUCUGGAGUCCCCCAAGCCACAUGUACCUGUACCAGCACCUGCUGGCCACCCUGCGCUGCUACGAGGCCCUGUGCCGCGCGCUGUCCCCCCAGGGCCCCCCCCUGCCCGAGGGGGGCCCGGGGCCCGAGAGGCCGCCCGCCGCGGAGGCCGCCGCCCCCCCCGAGGGGGGCUCCCCCCGGCGGCUGCUCAGCCUGGCGCUGGAGCUCAGCUCCCUCAAGGCCACGGCCUUCGUCUCGGGCACGCGCUUCCUGAGCCUGGCGGCCGAGCGGCUGGUGGUCAACCGGCACGGCGCCUCGCUGCACGCCUACUGCCCGGGCCUGGUGGCCGGCUUCGACGGCCACAGCAUCCUGGUCCUCAAGGAGGUGGAGCUGCAGGCCGUGCCGGAGCUGGAGGAGAUGCUCCUGCACCGCGGGCCCUUCCCGGCGCUGGGCACGCUGCGCAACCGGGUCUGGGCCCUGUCCUGCGCCAGCGCGGCGGCCGAGUUCCCCUACCAGUACGACCUCUCGGCCACGCUGGACGAGGCGCUGGGCGUGCAGAAGUGGCUGCGGGGGCUGCACGGCGGCGGGCGGCCCCCCACCCCGGCCCUGCCGCCCGACCUGCUGCUGAAGGUGCAGCGCCUCUCCUGGGUCUUCCUGGACGACGUCUUCGAGGUGAAGCUGCGCGACAAUUACGAGCUGCUAAAGGACGAGAGCGAGGAGAGCGCCAAGCGGCUGCACCUGCUGGACGCCAAGGUGGCGGCGCUGCGCAAGCAGCACGGGGAGCUGCUGCCGGCCCGCAAGAUCGAGGAGCUGUAUGCCUCGCUGGAGAAGAAGAACAUCGAGAUCUACAUCCAGCGCUCCCACCGGCUCUACGCCAACACGCCCAUGCGCACCGCCCUGCUCACCUGGAGCGUGGCCGAGCUGGAGCUGGUGGCGCUGGCCAGCGAGGCCUUCCACGGCCCCGAGCGCGCGCUGGAGCAGCUGCGGGAGCUGGACGCCGCCAGCCCCUUCCCGCCCGAGGGCCUGGAGCUGCUCACCCACUGGUGCCGCGUGGUCAAGGGCAGCCUCAAGUCCUUCUUCGUGCGGAUCCGGGACUACCCACGCUACCUGUUCGAGAUCCGGGACUGGCGGCUGUCGGGCCGGCUGGCGGGGGCCGAGCAGCGGGGCCAGGCCUGCUCCCGCCGGCGGCAGACGCUGCAGCUGGGGGCGCCCUGGGGAGACGUGUGCGUGGAGAGGAAUAUGCCGCCCCUGAAGUUCUACCACGACUUCCACUCGGAGGUCUUCCAGUACACCAUCGUCUGGGGGCCCUGCUGGGACCCCGCCUGGACGCUCGUGGGGCAGGCCGUGGACCUGCUGACGAAGGCCUCGGAGGACCCCAGCGCCCCCCUGCCCUGGUGGGACAAGAGCCGGCUGCUGCUGCACGGCGAGUGGCACAUGGACAUCGAGCAGGCCAACCUGCACCAGGUGGCCACGGAGGACCCCUACAACACCACGGAGAACCUGCACUGGGAGUGGAGCCGGCUCUCCUUCCACUGGCGGCCCGGGCAGUUCGUCUUCAAGGGCGACCUGGACGUCAACGUCCGCACGGCCUCCAAGUACGACGACUGCUGCUUCCUCCACCUGCCGCAGCUGUGCAUGACGCUGGACCUGACGUGGCUGUGCCACGGGAACCCGCACGACCACCACGGCGUGGUGCUGCGCUCGCCCGACUUCCUGCCCGAGGUGCCCGAGGGGCAGCAGUACGACUCCUACCGGGCCUUCCGCUCCGAGAACCUCAAUCUCUCCAUCCACAUGGACCUGAUGCGGCCCAGUGGGGAGCCCUCCCAGCCCCGCAUCCUGCUCUACAGCAGCACGCUGCGCUGGAUGCAGAACUUCUGGGCCACCUGGACCAGUGUCACGCGCCCCAUCUGCCGCGGGAAGCUCUUCGGCAACCUGAAGCCCACCAAGAGGAAGCUAGGCCAGCACUACCGGCAGCUCUCCUUCACCGCCCUCUUCCCCAAGCUGCAGGUGCACUACUGGGCUUCCUUCGCACAGCAGCGCGGGAUCCAGCUGGAGUGCGCCCAGGGCCACGUCUUCACGCGCGGCACCCAGCGGCUCAUUCCCCAGGCCGGCACGGUGAUGCGCCGCCUCAUCUCGGAGUGGAGCGUCACGCAGAUGGGGAGCGACCUGAGCCUGGUCACCGUGCACCUCAUGGCCUCUCCCGGCGAGGAGAGCGCUGGCCACCGCCUGGCCCCCGCCGUGAGGAAGACGCACCUGCUGAGCCUCUCCUGCCUCCGCUACCAGCGCCACAGCGCCUGCGCCUCCGAGGAGGAGCUGCCCCUGCGCGACGGCGACGACGUGCUGCACACGCACCAGCUGCACCUGGUGGACCUGCGGGCCUCCUGGACCACCACCAACCGGGACAUCGCCUUCGGCCUCUACGACGGCUACAAGAAGGCCACCGUGCUGAAGCGCAACCUGUCCACCGAGGCCCUGAAGGGGCUCCGGAUCGACCCGCAGCUGCCGGCCAAGAAGCCGAGGCGGGGGCCGCCCCCCGCCCCCACGCCCCCCCCGCGGGCCGCCGUGCCGGCCCACGGCGGCCGGACGGAGCGGAGCCCCUCCGGAGGGGCCCACAUGCUGCAGAAGCUCAUUGAGGAGACAGACAAGUUCGUGGUCUUCACCGAGGAGGAGUCCGGCGUGAGCGAGCAGCUGUGCGGGAUCGCCGCCUGCCAGACCGACGACAUCUUCAACCGCAACUGCCUGAUCGAGCUGGUCAACUGCCAGAUGGUGCUGCGCGGGGCCGAGACCGAGGGCUGCGUGAUCGUCUCGGCCGCCAAGGCCCAGCUGCUGCAGUGCCAGCACCACCCGGCCUGGUACGGGGACACCCUCAAGCAGAAGACCUCCUGGACCUGCCUGCUGGACGGCAUGCAGUACUUCGCCACCACCGAGAGCAGCCCCGCCGAGCCCGAGGACGCCCAGCUGUGGCUGGAGGUCAAGAAUAUCGAGGAGCACCGGCAGCGCAGCCUGGACUCGGUGCAGGAGCUGAUGGAGAGCGGGCAGGCCGUGGGCGGCAUGGUCGGCACCACCACAGACUGGAACCAGCCGCACGAGGUCCGGCCCACCCAGCAGGUGCAGCGCAUCAUCUCGCGCUGCAGCUGCCGCAUGCUCUACAUCAGCUACAGCCACGACAUCAGCCCCGAGCUGGCCACCCAGAUCAAGCCGCCCGAGCUGCCCGCCAGCCCGGACAAGGACGACCUGCUCAAGAAACAGGAAGGGGCCGUGGACACCUUCACCCUCAUUCACCACGACCUGGAGAUCUCCACCAACCCGGCCCAGUACGCCAUGAUCCUGGACAUCGUGAACAACCUGCUGCUGCACGUCGAGCCCAAGCGCAAGGAGCACAGCGAGAAGAAGCAGCGCGUGCGCUUCCAGCUGGAGAUCUCCAGCAACCCAGAGGAGCAGCGCAGCAGCAUCCUGCACCUGCAGGAGGCCGUGCGGCAGCACGUGGCCCGGAUCCGGCACCUGGAGAAGCAGAUGUACUCCGUGCUGAAGGCCCUGCAGGACGACGGCCGCAACGAGGGGCUCCUGGAGCACAACCAGCGCCUGCAGCAGCAGCUGAGCCGGGAGAAGGCGGAGCUGCAGCAGGAGAGCGAGGAGCUGAACAUCCUCAUCCGGUGCUUCAAGGACUUCCAGCUGCAGCGCGCCACCAAGAUGGAGCUGCGCAAGCCGCCCGAGGACGUCGGCGUGGCCCGCCGCACCGAGUUCUACUUCGCCCAGGCCCGCUGGCGGCUGACCGAGGAGGACGGGCAGCUGGGCAUCGCCGAGCUGGAGCUGCAGCGCUUCCUGUACAGCAAGGUGAACAAGUCGGACGACACGGCCGAGCACCUCCUGGAGCUGGGCUGGGUGACCAUGAACAACCUCCUGCCCAACGCCGUCUACAAGGUGGUCCUCCGCCCCCAGAGCGCCUGCCAGUCCGGCCGCCAGCUCGCCCUGCGGAUUUUCAGCAAGGUCCGGCCGCCUGUCGGCGGCAUCUCCAUCAAGGAGCACUUCGAGGUCAACGUGGUGCCGCUCACCAUCCAGCUGACGCACCAGUUCUUCCACCGCAUGAUGGGCUUCUUCUUCCCCGGACGCAACGUGGAGGAAGAGGAGGUGGGCGACGAGGAGGACAAGUCCAGGCUGGUGACCACAGGGAUGCCGGUGGUGAAGCCCCGCCAGCUGAUGGUGCCCGAGGACUCGCUGGGGCCGGGCAAGGGCAUGGCGCAGGGGCUGAACCGGACGUCCGGGGUCAGGCGCUCGUUCCGCAAGGCGCCCGAGUACCCGGUGGACGACAUCGACAAGAUGAAGGAGCGGGCGGCCAUGAACAAUUCCUUCAUCUACAUCAAGAUCCCACAAGUGCCCCUCUGUGUCAGCUACAAGGGGGAGAAGAACAGCGUGGACUGGGGGGAGCUCAACCUGGUGCUGCCGUGCCUGGAAUACCACAACAACACCUGGACCUGGCUGGACUUUGCCAUGGCGGUGAAACGGGACAGCCGCAAGGCUCUGGUUGCCCAGGUCAUCAAGGAGAAGCUGCGCCUCAAGCCGGCCGCGGGCACCGAGUCGCGGGGCAAGCCGGAGAGCAAGCCGGAGGGCCACGUGCAGCAGCAGGAGGAGGACGAGAAGGCCCGGCUCCUGAUCGGCCUCAGCGUGGGCGAGAAGAACCCCAGCAAGAAGUCCAUCUUCGGCCGGCGCAAAUAACCGCCGCGGGAGGGAGGGACGUGCUCCACGGACUCGCGGGCACCACGAGGGACCAAAGCGGGUCAGGGGGACUCGGGCGCCAAGGCCCUCAGCGGCCCCCGGCCCGGCUGCGGCGGCCCCCGGCUCUCCCGG